AUGGCGAGCAAAGUCGCCCUGCGCAUGAAGCCCGUGAGCUUCUCGAUUGCGUCACGCAGGUCGAUAUCCUCAUCCCUUGCCUCAAGCUCCCUUCGUCGGGCAAAGCCAUCAUGCCCUGCGAUCGCCCCCAAGACGCCGCAGUUCCUCCCUCGACCUCUUCUCCAGCAGUCCUUCCGUCGCACCUACGCAGAUGCUCCUGAAGCCACCCUCUCCCCGACCCCGAAGCCGAAGAAGCGCUUCAUGUUCUUACGCUUCAUCUGGCGCGCCACCUAUCUGUCGACGUUUGCUCUGAUCGGAUACACCGGAUAUCAAAUCUGGGAAGGCAGGAAUCCAGCAGAGCAGUUCGAGCCCGACCCGAGCAAGAAGACCCUGGUGAUACUGGGUACCGGUUGGGGAUCGGUCUCCUUGCUCAAGAACUUGGACACUGAAAACUACAAUGUUAUCGUCAUCUCGCCUCGGAACUACUUCCUGUUCACGCCCCUGCUUCCCUCAUGCACCACCGGCACUAUCGAACACCGCUCGAUCAUGGAGCCCAUCCGGAACAUCCUGCGACACAAAAAGGCACGAGUGCAGUUCUACGAAGCUGAAGCCACAAAGGUCGACUACGAAAAGAAAAUCGUCUAUGCCAAAGAUGACUCCGAUAUCAAAGGCGAUGCGAUAGAGACAGAAAUUCCUUUCGAUAUGCUCGUCGUCGGUGUCGGUGCGGAAAAUGCUACCUUUGGUAUCCCCGGUGUUCGCGAACAUGCUUGUUUCUUGAAGGAGGUCGGUGACGCCCAAAAGAUCCGGAAGCAGAUCAUGGACUGCGUGGAAACUGCAACUUUCAAGGACCAACCCCCCGAGGAAAUCAAGCGACUCUUGCACAUGGUUGUGGUUGGCGGUGGUCCCACCGGAGUCGAGUUCGCCGGUGAGCUUCAGGAUUUCUUCCAGGAAGAUCUCCUCAAGUGGGUUCCGCAGAUCAAGGACGACUUCCAUGUCACCUUGGUCGAAGCCCUUCCCAAUGUCCUGCCCAUGUUCAGCAAACAGCUGAUCGAGUACACCGAGUCAUCUUUCAAGGAGGAACACAUUGACAUUCGCACAAAGACCAUGGUCAAGAAUGUCACCGAUAAAUACAUCGAAGCCGAAGUAAACAAGCCAGAUGGAACCAAGGCCCUCGAAAAGAUCCCCUACGGUCUGCUCGUGUGGGCCACUGGUAACGCUCUCCGCCCUUUGGUCAAGGAUCUCAUGCAACAGAUCCCUGCACAAAAGAACGCUCGCCGCGGUCUGGAAGUGAACGAGUAUCUGGUUGUGAAUGGCUCGGAAAACAUCUGGGCCGUGGGUGACUGUGCCGUCGCCAACUACGCUCCCACCGCCCAGGUCGCAGCCCAGGAAGGUGCUUUCCUCGCCCGUCUCUUCAACACCAUGGCCAAGACUGAUGCCCUCGAAACCGAACUCAAGCAACUGUCGGCCAAGCAAGCCACGGCCAAGCCAGACGAACGUACCGUCAUUCUGAACGAGAUCAACGAGCGUCAACGACAGCUUCGCCGUAUCAAGCAGAUCGGUCCCUUUCAGUAUUCGCAUCAAGGAUCUUUGGCCUACAUUGGUGCCGAAAAGGCUGUGGCGGACGUGUCUUGGUUCAGCGGCAACAUUGCCUCGGGUGGUACCAUGACUUAUCUGUUCUGGAAGAGUGCCUAUUUGAGCAUGUGCUUUAGCACACGAAAUCGUAUUCUGGUUGCUUUCGACUGGGUCAAGGCCAAGUUCUUUGGCCGUGACGUGUCCCGAGAGUAA